CCCACGGCACUAUUUUGCCGAUCGGGAAAGUACACUUUAUCAGGAAGCUCAGUUCAGUUGCGGAUUUUGCGUUGAGUUCGUUCGGUGUAAACGGUGUAUUCGAUUGAACCAAAGCUUACGAAUUCUACAUUCUGUGCAACAUGCCGCUGAAAGCCGUGUGCGUUUUGAAUGGCGAAGUGAAGGGAACGAUUUUUUUCGAACAGAGUGGAGAAUCGGACCCCGUCAAGGUUACUGGGUCAGUUACCGGCCUGAAGCCUGGCGAUCACGGGUUCCAUAUUCACGAGUUCGGAGAUAAUACCAACGGAUGCAUGUCCACCGGGGCUCAUUUCAAUCCACACGGCAAAACGCACGGCGCACCGGAUGCAGCGGAGCGUCAUGCUGGCGAUAUGGGCAACGUUGUGGCUGACGCUUCCGGUGAAGCUAAAGUGGAGUUGACCGUGGAGCAGAUUGCACUCAGCGGACCCAUGAACGUGGUCGGCCGUUCGCUCGUUGUUCAUGCUGAUCCGGACGAUCUUGGACUAGGUGGACAUGAACUGAGCAAAACCACCGGCAAUGCUGGGGCUCGGCUGGCGUGCGGCGUGAUUGGACUGUGCAAAAUUUAAAUUCAUUCAACCGGCCAGGGUCCGAAGUUGGCUGUUGAAGAAAAGACAACAUUUAUCUUAGACCACAUCACACUCCUGAAGCUGCACACUAGGUGUGUCUUCGAAAAUAUAUAUGUAUGUGUGUGUGUGUGCAUACCAGUUUGCAUGAAUUUAAAAUCAUUAUCAGUUCCCUGGGAAACGAGAAUUUUCUAACCUGUACGUGAAUGGAUAUACAAUUACAAUAAAAACUGUCAUCCUUACGCUGUUCUACAAGAACUGGAAACAAU